AGUGAGCGGACGCUAAGAUAAGAGCUCAACUGUUCGCACGUGCCGAUAAGAGCAACAAUUCUUAGAUAAGCAAGGCUUCUGCUACAGUUCAGUGUUGGUUGAUUAGAUCUACCUCAUCAUAUCUACCAUAUACACUCAUACACUUUCAGGAUAUUUAAGGAAGUUAUUGACUGUUACCUUUAUAGAUCCGAUACUCUACACACUCCAUCUUUCUCAUUUGUGCCUGUAAACAAUGGCGGAGACAAUCAUGGACCAGAAUCCUCCUGUCCUUCAAGGCCCUUCCGACAAGGAGAAGAAAUAUGAUCGACAACUACGAUUAUGGGCAGCUUCUGGACAGGCAGCCCUUGAGAAUGCCAACUUAUUAUUAUUGAACUCUGGUUCUGGCACAGUUGGUGUUGAGACUUUGAAAAAUUUAGUGCUUCCAGGCAUUGGAAAAUUUACAAUUGCGGACGAAGAACUCGUAAAUGAGGCUGAUUUGGGUGUCAAUUUCUUCCUUGAUGAAGAGAGUUUGGGGAAAUCAAGGGCGGAACAAUGUGUGAAACUUUUACAAGAGCUCAAUCCAGAUGUGAAGGGGGACUGGUUUCCAAAACUCAAGGACGAUAAAUUAGACCAACUGUUUACGGAAGAUCAUAAAGAAAAAUAUACAUUAAUUAUAUAUUCAUUCCCAAUCGAUCCCAGAAUCCUCGCUCUUGCAGGGAAAUACAGCGCAUCCCACAAAGUGCCUCUCGUCAGCAUACACUCCGCAGGCUUUUACUCAUAUUUCAAAACGCAUCUACCAGGAAACUUUCCUAUAGUUGAUACUCACCCAGAUUCAACCGCAACCACAGAUUUACGACUUUUAAAGCCAUGGCCAGAACUUUCGAAUUUCGCAGCAGAUCUGACUAAAGACAUCGACACUCUUAGUGACCAUGAGCAUGGUCAUAUACCUUACUUGGUCCUGCUCUUGAAAUUUUUGGCAAAAUGGAAAGAAGAUAAUGGCUCAUAUCCGACCUCCUACAAAGACAAAGCAGCGUUCAGGACGACUGUUACGAAUGGCACAAGGAGAAAUAAUGCCGAGGGUGGAGAGGAGAACUUCGAUGAAGCUGUUGCGGCUGUGAUGAAGAACAUAUCCGUACAAGAUCUGAAAAGUUCCGUGAAGGAAGUCUUCGAAUAUUCACCAACCGAGGCAGAAUCUAACUCGGAUUUUUGGAUUAUUGCUGAUGCCGUGAAGAAGUUUUAUGAGAAGCAUAAUGAGCUCCCGCUUCCGGGAUCAGUCCCAGACAUGAAGGCUCAAUCUAGUACAUACGUACAACUUCAAAACAUUUAUAAAGCAAAAGCUCGACAAGACGUCCAAGAAAUACUAGAGACUGUGCGGGCACAUGCACGUGGUAAUGAGAUUAAGACAGAAGAAGUAGAGGUGUUCUGCAAGAAUGCCGCUUUCAUCAAGCUUAUCCGAGGCUCGGAUCCGACAACAGAUUUACAGAAGAUAGCAAAUUUGGAAUCUGAAAAUGAUGCAAACGCUUCCUUCACGAUGGCGCCAUUAUCGAACUUCCCCAUUUACUUAGCUCUUCACGCAACUGCUCAUGUAGCAGCAGCUACUUCAUCUGAGAUAUUAGCCCAGAUCGACAAAGAAGUACCGAAUGUGUCCUCUAAUCCACGUGUCCAGAAAGUUGCAGAAGAAGUAUCACGAGCCAAAGGAGGUGAAUUACACAACAUUUCUUCGUUAACUGGGGGUAUGGUUGCACAAGAAAUCAUCAAAAUUAUCACGAAACAAUAUGUACCGAUCGACAACACAUGCAUAUUUGAUGGUAUCACGAGUAGGGCGCAAGUUUUGAGGAUCUAAUCGGAUAAAGCCUACCUAAUCUAAGGCUAGCGAAUAGGGGUGUUUCGCGAAAGGUUAUAAGAGCAUAUGAUCCGGGAAUGGGAAUAUCAUGCAUAUCGAGAUGUGGAGGCAUGGAUAAGAUUAACGAAGAUUUGCGAGUGUCAUCGGGCCAUGGCUAAGCAAUAAUGAUAUCACGAUCAGUAAAAUAACUUAUCAAUUCACACUGACAUUUUCGAGAUUUUCAAAGAGAGGCGUUUCAAAGGCGUGAUAACCUUACAUUCAAAUCACGCGGAUCAAAAUAAACCCAAAAAUUUGAUAUCUUGAAAGUCGCACCGCAUUCAUGCAUGCAGAAGAUCAUGAGAUAAGCAUGAAGUGCAUUUCUGUUGCAAUACAAGGCGGUUCUUUUUGGUGAUACAUCUGCUGUGCAGUUCUAACACAUCUUAGUCAAAACGUGUUACACGACAGAAUUUUUCAGAACACCACUUCACUGUUGGCAGAGGGGGACGUAGGAUCAUAUGUGAGAUGGUCCUGAAUUCUCCGUAGACGUGGGGUUCGGAUGCAACGGGGAGGGAAAAUUUGGUAGCGAGGAUGGGUCGAUAGUGUUUUGUGUGAGGGUGUGGAUGGGGAUGGGGAUGUGGAUGUGGGAGAAUUGGCGGGCUGGAAUAUCGGAUGAGGUGGGGGAUCUUCAUUGGGGUUGUGCAGAUGAGUUGUAAGGGAGGCUUGGAUUUUGGAAUGCGAUGGACUGGGAUGGGCUGGGAUUAUUUCGUUGCUGUGAGUGCGGGGAAGCCAGGAGAAUCAUAGGUGAGAGUACUGAGGAAUGAAUUUGAAUUGGAGGAGAGGAGAGGAGAGAAAAGGAAAAGAAUUUGGAGUUUCGGCCCGAGACUCCGUGUGAUAUUCAUCUUUUACUUAGUGAGUAAUAUCGUAGAGGCGAAUGUUUAAUGUAAAUUACCUAGUAGGUCUUUUUAUCAAAAUAUUGCCUAGGUAGAUUUCCCCGCAUUCGCAAUGCCGAAAUUGUAGAAGUAUGAAUACAAAUCAACGCAUAAGAUUUGAGGACCAAAUCAUUUCAUUAAAUACGUGUGAUUUGGCUUUUAACCUUCGAAUGCUGAUUCUGAAUGUUGACAUUAGUUCGCUAAUAAUAAAUUGUGUUACCC